GCUCUCUCUGUAUAGAUAUAUAUAUCUGUGUGUUUGUGUGUGUGAACGUCAUUUCUAGAUAGCUCAUAAAGUUGUGACAUUGAUUUAGUUACUGUGUAUAAGUAUGAUUUUGUAGUCAAUAAAACUUGGUUUCUUAAUUAGGGUUUUAAUUAGUGCUUUAAUAUCAUCACUCGUCGGCUCUCUCUGUAUAGAUAUAUAUAUCUGUGUGUUUGUGUGUGUGAACGUCAUUUCUAGAUAGCUCAUAAAGUUGUGACAUUGAUUUAGUUACUGUGUAUAAGUAUGAUUUUGUAGUCAAUAAAACUUGGUUUCUUAAUUAGGGUUUUAAUUAGUGCUUUAAUACUACAAGUCCACAAUGCAUCACUUUUUACUUAUCAUAUCAUUUUGUGUGUAUCUCUCUCUAUAUAUACUGGUAGUAUUUAAGUCGUUGAUGCCAUAUGAAAAAUAUUCUUUUGCAGUUUUUUUCUUUACCCGCUGAUUGGUGGCCUAGAAAAACUAAGAGAUAGUAGAAAUCUAAAUAUCAUGCUUUAGGGUACUGGUUAAUCAAAAAGUAAGAAAGUUUGUUUCUUGAGGCUAAUUUUGCGAUUGCACUAUUCAAAUUGUUGAUUUCUACUUUUUUCCUGCACUUUCUCAUUAACCAAACAAGGGUAUCAAUUUAGCUUCUAUUUAAGUGGAUGCCACAUGGAAAUUGAUCUCUUGCACUUUUUUCUUUACCCACUGCUUGGUUGCUUAGAAAAACAUAGUUGAUAGAAAUCGAAUCUCAUGCUUUAUUGUAUUGUUUAGUAAAAAAAAAAAAAAAAGUUAGAAUAGGAAUUCCGUUAGGCUCAGAGAGACACUUUUACAGUGAAGAUGGUGAAGAUAUCAAUUCCAUUGGUUUUGGUUACGAUGUUAUGGUGGUAUUGGACUGCAACGGCGGAGGCAGAGUACAUGAAGUACAAAGAUCCAAAACAGCCGGUGAAGGUUCGAAUCAUGGAUCUUAUGAGUCGAAUGACUUUGGAAGAGAAGAUUGGUCAAAUGGUGCAGAUUGACAGAACUGUUGCCACUGCUGAGCUAAUGAAGGACUACUCCAUUGGGAGCAUAUUGAGUGGAGGUGGGAGUACACCACUACUAAAUGCUAGUGUUGCAGAUUGGGUUAAUAUGGUGAAUGGUUUUCAGAAAGGGUCAUUAUCUAGCCGCUUGGGGAUCCCAAUGAUAUAUGGAAUCGAUGCUGUUCACGGGCACAACAAUGUCUAUAAAGCUACAAUAUUUCCACAUAAUAUUGGGCUCGGAGCUACAAGGGAUCCUGAACUUGUGAGGAGGAUAGGAGCUGCAACUGCAGUUGAAGUCCGAGCUACGGGAAUUCCCUAUGCAUUUGCUCCUUGCAUUGCUGUCUGUAGAGAUCCCAGAUGGGGUCGGUGCUAUGAAAGCUACAGUGAGGAUCCUAAGAUUGUUCAAGAUAUGACAGACAUUAUAUUUGGGUUACAAGGCGAAAUUCCAAAUGGUUUACCGAUGGGAGUUCCAUAUGUUGGCGGAAAGAAGAAGGUUGCAGCUUGCGCAAAGCACUUUGUGGGCGAUGGUGGGACAACGAAGGGCAUCGAUGAGAACAACACAUUGAUUGACAAGAAUGGAUUGUUUAGCAUCCACAUGCCCGCAUACAAUGACUCCAUCAAUAAAGGUGUUUCAACAAUUAUGGUUUCCUACUCUAGCUGGAACGGUGAAAAGAUGCAUGCCAAUCGCACUCUAAUUACUGGAUUCCUCAAGGGUACACUUAAGUUUAAGGGUUUAGUUAUCUCAGAUUGGGAGGGCAUUGACAGGAUUACUUCUCCACCACAUUCAAACUACACUUACUCCGUCCAGGCUAGUAUUCUAGCUGGCAUCGACAUGAUCAUGCUGCCAUUCAAAUAUACAGAGUUCAUUGAUGAUCUCAUCUUCCUGGUCAAAAACAAAGUUAUCCCAAUGGACCGUAUUGAUGAUGCUGUGGAGAGGAUUUUGCUAGUGAAGUUCAACGUUGAUCUCUUUGAGAACCCUCUAGCUGAUCUUAGCCUAGUUGAUGAGGUUGGAAGCCAGGCACACAGAAACUUGGCCAGGGAAGCUGUGAGGAAAUCGCUUGUGCUUCUGAAGAAUGGAAAAGAGGAAGAUGGUCCAUUGUUACCCCUUCCCACCAAUGCAUCCAAAAUUCUAGUUGCUGGUAGCCAUGCUGAUAAUUUGGGUUAUCAAUGUGGUGGGUGGACGAUCACAUGGCAGGGAUUUAGUGGCAAUAAUUACACAACUGGAACUACUAUUCUUAAUGCCAUAAAAUCUACGCUUCACAAAAGCACAGAAUAUGUUUACCUUGAGAACCCUGAUAGCGACUAUGUGAAGUCCAGCAACUUCAAUUAUGCUAUUGUGGUUGUUGGCGAGCAUCCUUACACUGAGAGUGAAGGGGACAGCCUAAAACUCACAAUAGCAGAUCCUGGACCAAGUGUCAUCAACAAUGUCUGCAGGGCUGUCAAGUGUGUUGUUGUUGUCAUAUCUGGUCGACCUCUUGUGAUUGAACCAUAUAUUUCCUCAAUUGAUGCACUGGUAGCAGCCUGGUUACCAGGCAGUGAAGGCCGAGGCAUAACUGAUGUCCUUUUUGGGGACUAUGAGUUCACCGGAAAACUUUCACGAACUUGGUUCAAAACUGUAGAUCAACUCCCGAUGAACAUUGGGGAUCCGCACUAUGAUCCCCUCUUCCCCCUUGGAUUUGGACUCACCACUAAGUUAGUAGUGGGAAGGUCUAUCUCAGCUGGUGUUGAUGGAAGGCCGCACAUACUUAUCAGUAUUGUUUGUAUAUUUAUCAGUUUUGUAUUUUACAAGACAAAUAAAUUAUUUUUAGGAUGAAUUAACCUCAAUUUUUUUUCUUUUUUCUUUAUAUGCAUUUCCCUUUUCAUGAAUAAUCCAGAAGAUGGCUAGCUUCGAUCCGUUGAGCAGCUGGCUAUAGAAAAAGUAAUUGGAUUUAAUUGAACAAUAGUUUUUAUAUUUAAUUUUCAAGCUUUUUCUUAGCAAAAGAAACAAGAUUUCCAGCAUCUAAUAAAAAAAACAUUAAUUUGAAGUGCUCA